AUGGGCGCCGCCGGGCCGCCUGAGUGGUCCCCCCGCGGCGGGAGGGAGGGCGGGGUGGCCCGAGGCCCCGCCCGGCUUCCUGCCGGGCCCGGAGCCGCCGACCCCGUCCCGCGCGCGCAGGGCGGCCGCAGCAUGGGGCGCGGGCCGGGGAGCCCGCCGGGCCCCGCGCGGUGCCGGGAGCCGCAGUGCUUCGACCUGCUGGUCCGCGGCUGCGUGAGCUGCAGCCUCCUCCGGACGCCGCCGCCCCGACCCGCCGGCGCGAGCCCGCAGACGCCCUGGACGGCGCCGCAGCCGCUGGAGUCGGGGGGCCCGGGCGCCGCGGGGGCCGAGCUGCCGCUGCCGCUGCCCGCGCUGCUCUUCGGCGCCCCCGCGGGGCUGGGCCUGGCGCUGGCCCUGGCGCUGCUGGCGCUGCUGGGCUGGCGCUGGCGGCGGCGCCCGGGCCGCGCGGCCCCCGCGGCCUCCCCCGAGGCGCCGGACGCGCCGCUGGACGAGCCCCUGGACGACAUCCUGGUCAUCCCCCCGGGACCCCUGGACGCCUCAGCUCCCAUCUGGCCCCCACCCAGGGGCGACCCAGCCCCCACCCCGCCGGCCCACAGCGUCCCCGUGCCAGCCACAGAGCUGGGCUCCACCGAGCUGGUGACCACCAAGACGGCCGGCCCUGAGCCGCAGUAGGGCCAAGGGCAGAGCCAGAGCCGGGAGGCUGAUUCGGCUCUGCCCUCUGCGCUCACUUGCCCCCUUCUGGAAGCCGAGCUGCUCCCCACCUCAGCCUGCAGAACCACAGAUACCACAGACCACAGAGGUCAGCUGGCACGGCUCCGGAGGCUUCUCCGCGGCUGGCUGCCAACUGUGCCCUCUUGGGCAGCCCUCGGAGGCUGGGGCUGAACCCCUGUGCUGCUGAGGGCUGGGCGCGAGCAGGGUGGGGAAGCCACUCUCAAAGCAGAAUAAGCUCAGGAAACAGAUCAGGUGGGAGGAAGCUUGACUGGUGGCUGGAGGCGUGCUUCUGUAACACUUGCUCUCGGCCGCCCGCCCCUCACCUCCUGCCCGCAGCAGCCCAGUCACCACUGGGUGGGUUCGCUUUGGGAGUAGGUCACCAUGACUUCCCGGAAGAGCCUGGACUGUGUUGAUUCUCAGGUGACUGCACCCCAGGGGCCAACCCUGAGCGUGGCACCGAUACUAAGAGGCCAUUUUCACCCUGGUGGCCACUUCCAGAGCCUCGGCUGGCUGGGGGAGGAAGUCCACAGCUGCUGGGGCUGGGCUGCAGCCCCCCUGCAGGCCAUUGCCGGUGACCACAUGGGGUCCCAGCUGCUUGCAAGGCACACACGGCUGUCCACAGGGUCGGGCCCAGGACCUGCAGGGCAUCCCUGUGCAGAGGCCUGCAGCCUGGACGCAGCUGAAUCGGAUGAUCCUGGAGCUCCCUUUUCUGGGCCCUGAGUGCUGGGGUUCCUCGGCUACUCUGUGCCAGCACCCGGGGUCACCCCCCGCCCCAGUGAGACUGCUUCUCUGACCACGGUGCCUCUCGCACCCAGCGUGACCUGGGAGCGAGCCCACCUCUUCCACUGUGGAUCCCACUGUGCACCAGCUGCCUCUCCUCACAGCCUGCGCAGGACGGAAACUCCGAACCCAGGCUCUGCCCGGGAGAGCAUCCUUGGAACUUGGAAGGCGCACUGGGCUGGGAGUCAGAAGACGUGGUUCCGGGUGCCAUUUUGUUCCCCUCCAGGACUCCGCUGUGAUCUAUUCCACACCUCAGACGCCUUCUGCCUCCCUCCCCCUGACGUGCGGGUCAGAGCUGCUCGCCACUCCCAGCUCAGAGGAGAGCCUUCUCCAGCCUCCCUGCUCAGAAGCAGCUGCAGCCCCCAGGACCCUGACACUCACUCCAAGUCUCCCCAGCCACUCCCUCCCUGACCCCGCCCCUCCCUGUCCCACCCACAGCACCAAGGGGCUCUGGUGAGGUCAGCUGGCGGCAGUAGACGCCUGUCCUGAAAGGCCUGGAUCCUCUAUUCCCUUUCAUUUUAGUUUGGGGGAGUCUGAGCUGUGACCAGCCACCCCUUCUUUCCUGCCAUAGCCAGGAGCUGGGCCCUGGUGAUGAAAUGAGUGGGUGAAACUCCUCUGGGGCCCAGACAUGCAAACCUCUGGGGCCACUGUGUCCCUGCGGAGUCCCUGGCUGCUGUGCAGCUUCCCCCGUCUGGUUCCUUUGCUGAAGCGAGCAGUGCUGGACGCAGAGUUCUCGUGGACAGUGGCCCUCAGAGGGGAGCUUGAAGGAAAUGUAGAGAAUCCUCGCCCCUCCUCCAAUUCACAGAUGAGGAAACUGAGGCCCAGAGAAGGCCUCAGUUGGCAUCGCCGUCACCCAGCAAAAAACAGAAGGGAAGUUCCUUGGGGAGGAGCCAAGAACAGAAGGCAGAGGAGAGCUGGGCGAGCAGGGGUCAGUCUCCCCCAGCCCCCCAGAAGGGCCCAGGCAGUAAGAGGCCAGCCCACUGUCCUGGGCAUUGCUGUCCACAGAGCCUCAUCAGAUCUUCCUAAGAGUGCCCGAGGAGGGACGUGGAGGUCAUGUUUGUUUUAAAAAAGUUUUAUUCAGUAAAUCAGGGAGCCUCAUCUUGACACUUUGACGGCGCAGGACAGCCACCCAGGAUGGGGCUUGUGGCGAAACCUCCCCUCAACCCGCCACGCCAGCGAGGGUGGGUCUUUCUCCAGCAUUUUAAUCACUCUAGACAUGGACUCGUAGCCUGACCAGCAUCUCUGGUGUGUUUUCCCAUCUUUGAACACCUCACCAGCAAAGUUUUCCACAUUUGGCUGUUUGUGGGUUUUACUACUAUGACUGACAGAGCACCCGGAGUGUGGCCACCGAAGGCCUUGACCUGGUGGCCUAGGGGGGACGUCUCAGCGCUCUCACCUGAGUUUGAUAGGGCGCAGCCGACCUCGCCUGUCUCCCCGCUGCUCCCCUCUGCAGUGGAUUUCAGCGGCUUCACCUGUUCUGUUCCCCACUCUGUCUCUGGAGAAUCCUCUCCCCCCCGCCUCCCGCACCUCUGGACUGCACCCCAGCUCUUGUAUGCAUAAAUAAUAAAAAUAAAUCUUUAAAAUAAAUAAAUAAAAGUGCCCUGUUGGCUGA